AUGCCUUUCAUCGCCUGGGAACGAGGAGCGGUAGCGCGAGAAAACGAUUCGCAGCCAUCCUCCCCUUUCGCGGAAGAAAAAAAGAAGAAAAACGCAUGGAUGCGUUGGUUAAAGCAGGGGAGUUAACCUUGUUCCGGUGUUCUCCGAUCCAAACAGGCAGCGGUGUGAGGUUGUGCCAGUUUGGAGCUUGCGCGUUUAAACUGGACCUUUCAAGCCGCUGGGUUGAUCUGUUCGCCUUCUUCGCUUUCCGUGGAGGAGCAGCGGCUGCUGCCUUCGCCACAACGCGCAGGAAAUAACGGGACUUCACUCUACUCGGGAUGGACUUUAGGCUGAUGACUCAGAUGAGCUUAUCCAGCAGAGGUGCAGCAGAGGUGAUUCUUGCUCUUCCAGUCCUGGGGCGGUCCUCAUGUGGAUCAUUAAAGACUAAACGGCAUAUCAGUCACUGACCUCACAGAGCCACCAUCUGAGCAGUCAGUAGAAGUUGCCAAAUCUGGAUAACCAGGAGCCAUAGACUAUCAGAAGCACCGUGGAUUUAGCUUCCUUUUGAUGAGUUUCAUUAAGGACGCUUACGAACCAAAUCCUGAGAAGUCUGGAAAACAAGAACAGCGGGGUCUGUGGUCAGCCGGGCUGAUUUUUUUCUCAUACCGAUUUGUCAUCACGCUAUUUUUGUCCGUUGCCAUCCUAAUGUUCCCACUAACUGAUUUUUGACUGUGACAACAUGUUGCUGACCAAGAAGAAUAAAAACAGGACAUUUGCUCUCCUGUUUUGUGUCAUUACAUUUACGACAUUCCUGUUCAGUUACACUUUUCGGGAUCCUUCGCUCUACUUCUUCAAGUACGCAUCCCGCCUGUCGGACAGUUUCUUUGCCAAAGGGCUAUGCGCUUGUCAGCAGUGCAUAGCAGAGUUGGAGGAUGACCCAUGGUUCUCCGAGCACUUCAAUCAGUCCGUCCACCCUCUGAUGACCAGGGAGAACAGCGUCCUCUCUGAUGAGACCUUUAAGUGGUGGCAGUGGUUGCAGUCAGAGAGGCAGCCGGCCAACUUCACUGAAGUGGUGGAGGAGCUGUUCCAAGUCAUCCCCGAUGAGGUGCUUUACAUGGAUGCUAGCCCCGAGCGCUGCAGGACCUGCGCAGUGGUGGGGAACUCUGGGAACCUGAAGGGGUCCUAUUAUGGCAGGCUCAUCGACUCCUAUGAUUUCAUCAUAAGAAUGAACCAGGCUCCCACCGCUGGCUUUGAGCGGGAUGUGGGCUCCAGAACAACUCAUCAUCUCAUGUAUCCAGAAAGCGCCGUAGACCUGGACAAUGGCACCAGUCUGGUUCUGAUCCCUUUCAAGACUCUGGACCUGCAGUGGAUUAUCAGUGCUCUGACCACUGGCACUAUAAAACAAACAUACAUGCCCGUUAUGUCCAGGAUAAAGGCAAACAAAGAUAAGGUGUUGAUUUACAGUCCAGCGUUUUUCAAAUACGUCUAUGAGUCUUGGCUGGAGGGUCACGGGCGAUAUCCUUCAACUGGCUUCCUGAGCCUGCUGUUCGCUAUCCACAUAUGUGAUGAGGUCAAUGUGUUUGGAUUCGGUGCAGACCAGUAUGGAAACUGGCACCACUACUGGGAGAAGAACCAUUUGGCCGGGGCGUUCCGACACACGGGAGUCCAUGAUGGAGAUUACGAACAUAAUGUCACCCAGCUGCUGGCAGACAAGCACAAAAUCCAAAUUUUUAAAGGCAGAUGAUACCAAGCCCAUAUGUGCGGGAUGACCACCAAAUGAACCCAGUAGCCUUUAAUGUUUGUUUCCAAAGACAUUUUCAUAAAUUUGUCUAGAGGAUCCGGUUUCCUUUUUUUGCUUUUUGUUUUCUUUGCUUUGGCUGCAGUUGAGAAAAUGUCGUUCUUAUUGACAAACCAACAGAGCUUUUGUCUCUGUAGGCAUAGACCGGCACUGGCCAUCAGCAAGACAAAAGCAACACUGCCCCUUUUCAGAAUCCAUAAUCUGAGACUGACCAAACAAGAAGACAAGAGAAGAUGACAUGCUGUCAACAAGCAUGCUUAUAUUAAAAGCUGACGCAUUCUGUUUUCCUCACAACUGAGAUCAGCAUUAUGGCCACAUGAACCUUGCUACCUGCACGUUUUGCUCCAAUAUGCUCUGCUGAAAGCAGUCAGACAAAGUGCCAGAUUUGUGGAGAGGUGGAAUCGAUGAUUGUCAUUUCUGCAGUUAGUGUCUCUACUGGAUGCUGCUGACGUACAAAUUGACAACCAACCAACAGUUUUUUAUUGUAUUUUAGAAGUUUCAUAACAAAACCUUAUUAACUACACUGUAAAUAACAUUCAUAAAUGAUGUGUCAGUGAAGGUGUUUUAUAUUAUAGUACUAGCAGAUGUGAGAGAAAAUCAACUCUUUUUUUCAUCACACCGACUGAUUUUGACAUAAAUUACUCGUAUUGCGGAGCUCCCUGCAUCUGGCUUGUCUGAUUGCGGCAGUAAAAUACAGUUAGAUUAGGCUAAAGGGACAUUUAAAUCAAGUCCAAAAUCAGCCCCAAAGCAUAACGUGACUUUUGCAGACUACCCACAAGGUCAUAGCCUUAUUUUUAGAAGUACUUAAGUCAUAAGCCUGAGUUGGGAGAAUUUGGACCUCUAAGACCUCCCGACAUUAAAUUAUCAGUAGUAAUUGAAUUAGAAUGACUCCAGGGCAAUGACAAUAUUCAUCUGAUGUGCACUCCUUAUGUCCAAGACUAAAAUAUCUCAACAACUAUCAGAUAAAUAAUAUUUUAUGCGCACAUUUAUGGUCCCCAGAAGAUGUGACCAAACAACUUCGCUGAUUCUGUAUCCCCUGCUGCCACCAUACCACCACCAUUCGUAUAGCAUUUGUGAUUUUGAGUGAAAUAUCUUAACAAAAUUUGAUGUAAAUUUAGUUGUUUGUGGUAGUUAGGCUCAAUUCAUAUCAAAAUAUGAGUCUGGUAUCACACCCUCUGGAUCCCAUUGUGGUGAUCUUACUGAUGCAGUUUUUUUUUUCUUUUUUUAAAAGAAAUUUGCACACAAUCAAAUGAUUUGACUGUCCUGGCAGGUCAUUGCUGGGGCAUAAUCAGUUCCAAGCAGAGAGACUCUAUGAAGUCUAUGAAAUGUUGUGGGCAGUGGAAGUUUGGGCUGACUUCCUAGCUAAAAACACAGGUCAACUGUGAUCGCUUAAAUUUCCAUGAAAUAUAUGGUUAACGACCAAAUACCUGAAUAUGUAAUGACAUGUUAGCAUGCUAGCACAGGUGUAUAGCGUGCUAACAUGCUAUACUAGGAUGGUGGCCAUGGUAAGCUUUCCAUUUACUUCACUUCACCAUAUGGUCAAAUGUAGUUUAGAUCAAAGCUAAUCUACAAAAUCUACAAAUUCACUGAGGACGUACUGACGCGCCUCUCAGUGCUGCUCUGAUCCCCCAUGCACUGUUAAAUAUUUGAAUCACUCCACAGUUAAGGGAAUGAAAAACUGACUAUAUUGUUCUUGGUCUGGUGUUGGGGUUGAUUUUUAUUUUCGACUAUGAUUUUACUGAAAGUUUUUUUUCUGUACCAAAACAAUCAGUGUGAUCAUUUCAUCAUUGAAAUGACUAAUUGACAAAGUUUUUAAUAAGGUGAUAGGUAACAGGUGUAACACAAAAUCAUUCAUCCUGAACACCACACUUAUUAUACAGCCUGUGUUGGGGUGCCUUAUGAUUGAAAUCAGUGAUGUACUCCACAUUUUUGAAGUACAAACUAUUUUGUAAAGAAAUGCAGCCUUUAAGUGCCUUUAAGGGAAGUUUCAAUUGAAUUCAAUCAUAUUGUCUUCUAAUUAUUGUCUUGGGGAUGUGGAUUAACGUGUUUAUUUCUUUGUAACUUUAAGUUAGCUUUAAUCUGUGCACUCACUGUAACUUCUAAACAAUCAUAUGCAUGAUACAUACGGUACAGAUUGUCAGUAAUAUGUUGGCACACUUGCAGUUUGGACGAGACAAUGUCUUGCCCAGGCUUGAGGUUUCUGUAUUAGUUACGCUCGCUGAACUCGUUGUGGAUGUGUGAACACUGAAUGCUUGAUGGAGCACAGAGGCACUCUUCCCGGCUCUCAUGUUCUCACGUCCCGUGUGUUAUUUCGUCAGAGCAGGGGACCUAUGAUCUUCUCCAUGUGCCUUGAAACAUAAUGGAGCCAUUUGCUCGGUCAUCGUGUUUCUGAUCUUUGACGCGUCCAUGUGAGGGAGGGCUGACGGCGUUGAAGGCAAACCACAGCGACCAUCCAGUUCAACUUGUUUUUUUUUUUUUUUCUGCCUGCCACCUUGUGUACAUGCAUCUAAAACAGAAGACAACAGUGGCGUACAUUUGUUCUACAGGGAAUACUGUCACCUAGUGGACGAGAAUGUGAAGCAAGGUCGCUUGGUAUUAACUUUUAAAACUGUACUCACUUAUUAAUGUUUAAAAUAAAUUCUUUAAUUUAUCCCUCAGUGAGGAAACAUUAAGGUCUGAGUUCUUGGUUAUUUAAAACCAACCGAAGCAGCUCUUUCACAUUAAAUAAUCCAUAGUGGGGUUUUUUUUAUUUUUCAACUGGAGGAGUUCAUGGACACUGACUUGUGUGGGAGAGAUGGAUAAUGACAUGAAUUAUUCAGUUGUUCGGCAUUCAACGGACUGCCACAGUGCAGAGAAAUACAACCGCAGCCUUUACGUUGCAAUCUGUGAAAAGGACGCCUCUACUGAAAUAAAGCAAAUAUUAACAAAUAUAUC